GAUUAAAACCUCACCAAUUUGUGCAAAUAUUUACCCACUUGACAAAAACCACAGUUUGCAGAAAAAUAAAGUCACCAUUUGAGAGUUGAAGUUAAGUAAAUCAAAAUUUGCUAACGCUUUUAUACAUUUAUUACUCAUUGGAUUUGGUUACGCUACACACUACCUCAUUACGUUUAUUUUUGGACAAAUCAUUGAAAAUAUAUUAUGUACCCUAAUUUGCACUACAUAAACUUAUAAGUACAGGUUUACAUCCAUCAUCUAUGACUCGCAUGAAUUUCUUGAAUGUUUGAGACAUCAACACAUCCUUCAACUUCAUCUUAUGACUAUAUGUGACUUUGAGUUUCGCUUAUCCCGACAACUUCUUAUAAGUCUCAGUUACUCAUGUAGAUCUUCUUCGCUUCAACUUGUUUACAAGUAUUUUGACUUUUAUCCGAGCAAAUAAUAUGCUUUGUUUCACUUGUGUUGAUGAACCAAGCUCUUGGCUUACCCAUGACUCAAAGGCCCUCUUGGUAAGCCGCUACCUUCCUUUUUCCUUAGAAAAGAGAGUGCUUCGAGGAUCACCUUGCUCUAUUAAAUUGUCUCAGAUUAACAGACGACACAGAGAGAGAAUUGAAGAUGCCGAUAGAGAUGCCGAGGGGGUUGCCAUUCUCGGUUGAUACAUGGACGCCUUCCUCCAACAUGAAGAGGACUCAUUUCCUCACCCACGCUCACAAAGACCACGCGCAAGGGAUCAUCUCUCACGCUUCCUAUCCUAUCUACUCCACGCUCCUUACCAAAACUCUUCUCCGCCAAUUCUACCCUCAGCUUGAUGAAUCGAUGUUCGUAGGUAUUGAGGUCGGUCAAUCUCUGGUGAUUGACGAUCCGGAUGGUGAUUUCGUUGUCACUGCGUUUGACGCCAAUCACUGUCCAGGAGCAGUGAUGUUUCUGUUUGAAGGAAGUUUUGGCAAUGUAUUUCACACAGGAGAUUGCAGAUUAACCCCCGAGUGUUUGCUAAGUUUACCAGACAAGUACAUUGGCAAGAAAGGGAAAGAACCAAAAUGUCCAUUUGAUUACAUCUUUUUAGAUUGCACAUUUGGUCAAUGUCCUGUGAAGAUGCCCAGCAAACACUCAGCGAAGCAGCAGGUUAUCAACUGUAUAUGGAAACACCCUGAUGCCCGUGUGGUGUAUUUGGCAUGUGAUCUUCUAGGUCAAGAAGAGAUACUUGUAGAGGUGUCACAAACAUUUGGUGAGAAGAUAUAUGUAGAUAAAGCAAAAAACUUUGCGUGCUUUAACUCGCUUAAACUUAUAGCCCCUGAGAUCAUAUCAGAAGAUCCAUCUUCACGUUUCCAACUAUUUGAUUGCUUCCCAAAACUAUAUGAAAGAGCUGGAGCAAUGCUAGCUGAUGCACGUGCUAAUUUUCAGCACGAACCCCUUAUUAUACGUCCUUCUUCACAAUGGUAUGCUUGUAAUGAGGGUGUUUCUGAGAUGGAAAAGCAAAGAAAGGAAAGAGUUGAUCAAGCUGUCAAAGAUAUGCAUGGUAUUUGGCACGUAUGUUACUCAAUACACUCAUCCAGAGAGGAAAUGGAUUGGGCCUUGCAACUUCUUGGGCCUAAAUGGGUAGUGUCAACAACGCCUACCUGCAGGGCUAUGGAGCUGGAUUAUGUUAAAAAGCACUGUUUUAAAAAUCUACAAACUUUUGACAACUCUCUAUGCAAACUUCUUGACAUUAAUAUGGUAGAGUCUUUAGUUCCAGAUGGAUCGAAUGAGAAUUUGAGCUGCUCGCAUGUGGUGGACAUCUCCAGUGGCCAUGUAGAAAAGCAAUCUGGACCUUUUGUCAUAUCCACCUACCAGCAGAAACGGUUGAGUUUAUCUCCCCCAAGCAAAAGACCAAUGGUCACAUUAUUUGGGCAAGCGAGCCUUGGACUCCCCUAUUCAUCCUUCCUACUUGAAUGUAAAGAUGCAUCAGUCAUUUGUAACUCUGAGGAGAAACAACUGAUUGUGGCAAAGAAUGUUUCCUUUCAGAAAGAAAAUGUUAUAACUGAGAACUCUGAAGAGCAAUUUGUAACAAUGAGACAAAUUGAGUUUUCUGGAACAAAUUGCAGUGGGCCUAACAAUACUUAUGAUAAGGAGAUUCCCACCAGUAGUUCAAUGGCGAAAACAGCAGCAGAAACAAAGAAUGUGUCAUUUGUGAAAGAAGAUAUUACUCAAGUGAAUGCUAAAGAGCAAUUACAAACCAAGAGAAAAGUCGAAUUUACUGAGACAAAUUCCACAGAACCUGCUGCUACCUCAACUGCGAGGUCUUCGAACUGCUAUGAUGAAAACUUAAGAAGAUUAUACAGGUCUAUGAAUGUACCAGUGCCUCAGCGCCUUCCCUCUCUUGUGAUGCUAAUGAAAACCAAAAAAUCUGCAAGGAAGAGGACUUAAGAAAAUUCUUUCUCUACAAGAUUUUAAAUCCUUAUUUUUAGUGUUCAUUGUUGGCUAUCAUCUGCUCAUGCUUGAUUGUUUCAAAGAACCUCUUUCAACCAUGUAACUUAGAGUUUUGGUGUUUGAAUGGCUUUUUUGCCUGAAAAAGAAGAUAAAAUAUCAGGUAUACAUGAAGCUUGAUACGGCUUUUCUUAUUUUCAACAAUUUCAGUUUCCUGCUUAAAGUGUUCACACCAAUAAUUUGAUACUUUAUAUAUAUUUCCGAUAA